UUCAGUUCGUGUUGCGGAUUCGAGCUGAUCGGUUAAAGGCGUAGAAGUCGAAUAGUGCAAAGUGUUAUGUGAACUUAAGAAAUUAAAGAAGAUAGAAAAAUUUCUUGAAAAUUAAUGGUAACCAAAAAUUUGGAUAUUCCCAUUAUCAGCCGAAUCUCAACCUGAGAUGAGAAAGUGAAAUAACUACGUAUGUGUGUGCGGGCUAUUAAAUGGCUGUAAAUAACAAAGUGUUAUAUAAAAAUAUUCUUUGCAAAUUCAUACUAAGUAUGUAAGCAAUAUUAUCGAAAGCAGAUAAUAUAUAUGAAGUGCGAAAUUCUUUACACUGCAGAAAGCUUUUGUUAACUAGAAACAAAAAAUGUUAUCAAUAACUGCACAAGAAAGUUUGCAACACUUGCGGCAUAAGCCGAUGUGGAUACUUUUUCUGCUGAUUUUCUUCGUUAUUGCUUUGGAUAAGACUGCAACCGCGACGACCGAAAAUGAACAAACAACAACACCAGAACCAGAUGCUUCACCGGGCUGUAAGGCGCCUGAUAUACGCUUUACAGUCAUACGACCGGAAACAACCACUGAACAACCGUAUGCGAAAUUCGAGACAACUCAGAUUUAUUUGCCAGAGGACUUUACAACGUCCGAUGCAGAGUUCGUUGAAAGGAUUAAUAUUGAUCUGACCGCCCGUCAGCCUGGCGUCAAAGACAAUAAGAUGAGCGCUAUCGUUAAUCCCUACCAAGUCGAUCUGGAUGACCAGCACGGCCUGGCAGGGGUGCACGGUGCUGAUGACACACUCGCCGCCAUCGAUGACGAGGAAGACGAGGCGGAAGACUCCGAAGAUGGCACACCCAAACGGAACCAGAAUCGGAAAUUAAACAAGAAGCGGCGUUCUGGAUCAGGACGUCGUCGCCGUAUCGAAAACGAAAAUGGACAAACACGCGGUCGUGGCAGCCGAUACAAGCGUCAGGUGAUCCAUCAUGAUCCUGACGCCUCUUCCGAUACGGACAAAUGGGGCGGUAGUAAAUUAGCUGCUGAAGGCGAUGUUUACUACGUGCAUAUUGAUGACAUACUGGAGUCGGGUACACCCAACGCCGAACUCAGAUUAAAGUUGCAUAAAUUGAAGCAUAAAACGAAAGCAAAGAAUUCCACAUGCACUGACGUCGGAAACAAAGAGCAGUGCAAGCAAGCUUUAGCGAAGAAGAAAAAGAAAAAGGCAAGCUCCAACAACUUAUCGAAGCAGGUAGUAGAGAACAAACAGAUGCAAACCAAAGAACCCAAUGCUAAACAUCAUCGUAGACGCGGUGAUAGUCACGAAGAGAAACGAGGUGAACAGCGAAUGCUGAAUGGAGAGCUAAACCCGAGUUCACGUUAUCGACGCGCUGCCUCAGGAGCAUUGAAGCAGAAAACUGAUAUGACAGCGAGUGCUUCAGGCAGCUACAACGAUUUGGUAGCGAAUGUAAAUGCGGCAGAAAAUAGCGACUUGGAAACGAUAAGAAUUGGACGGGACCAUAACAAAACUAUCAAAAAUAUAUUUAAUAAAAAAACUGACGAGCAGCUGCUGGACGAUAGCGAUGUGCCGGCGGUGUAUGGCAAUGAGACGGGCGCAGAGGCGCUGCAGCGCGUCAAACGCAAGUCCGGCAAGACAACCGGCGCAUUGAGUCGUCCCAAAGGCGGCGGAGAUUCUAGCUCAAAAACAACAAGUCGCAAAGAUAAAGGUAUUUACGAUGAAGAAGGAGGUUAUUCUCCCGUACAUCCCGAUGAAACCGAUGAAGAAGAGGAGGAGGAUGAAGAGGAAGAAAUUGACAUUCAACAGCAAUUCACUGAAGUAUCUGAAAUACGUUUCCCGGGCGAAAUUGGACCAUUGGGCGAUAGAAGAUUGUGUAAAAUACGUUGCGUCAAAGGAAAAUGGGUUGGUCCAUUAUGCGCCACUAAUGAGGAGGACGAUAAUGGAAAUGUGAAAUUUCAGCCUCUGUACAAGAGUUGCCAUGUGAAUCGAAUUCCGCCGCAUUUGCUAUUGAGCUAUCGAAACAUUUCAGUGACCCCGAUACCGUCCAUAAGAGGGUCGCGUCGCAAUCGAACUUCCAAAUCGACUUUUAUUUCCAAUACACAAAUUAAUGUUGGCUGGGACUUGCCACAUGGACACUCAUUACAGGCUCGCUGUAAAGAUCUAGGCAUGUAUAAGCUUCUUGGCGAAUCUCGGGUGCUUUGCUCAAACGGGCUAUGGGCACCGCGUAUGCCCUCCUGUGUGCCCACAACAUUACUUACCAAUUUCUCCGAUGACAGCGCGCCCUCCAUUCGCAUUAAGGUUUCCAAUGGUUCGGGUGCAUUUGAGCCAUCCGGCGUACUGGCGGUACUGCCACAGAGUUCGAUCUUACUGGAUUGUAUGUAUCCACGGGUGCGUGGCAUCCCCGAUUGGACAUGGACAAGUUGGUACAGGCAGUAUAUAACAGGCUGGUCUCACGAAGACAAAAAUUUACGAUAUCGCUUGACAAUUAAGGACAUACAAAACAGUGAUUCGGGUACAUUUACCUGCACGUCACCACGGGGCUUAACCAAUAGCAUUGCAAUUGUUGUGACCACCUCGACAUGUCCGCAGCUACCAGAACCGGUGUCGCCGCUCACGCUACGCUUGGAGGGUAAUAAGCUCGGACAGCGCGCCAUGUAUCGCUGCCCUCCAGGCUAUCGCAUAGAUGGUGUUGCGAAUGCAACGUGCUUAGCCUCGGGUAAUUGGUCAUCGCCGCCGCCCACUUGUCAGGCUGUGCAGUGUCCCCGUUUGGCGUUAGACGAUCCACAUUUGAGUUUGAUCGAGCUAAAUACGUCGGCGUGGGGGCGGGCGAUGUUCAAAUGCCAAUGGGGCUUCAAGCUGACCGGCCCGCCGAGACUGGACUGUGAGCCGACGGGCGUGUGGAGUGGCCCAGUACCGCGUUGUAAAGCCAUCCAAUGUUCGACGCCGGUGGCGCCGCUAAAUGGACGCAUAGGCGGCACAAAUCUCAACCAGCGCCGCCUGACUGUGGGCGCUUUGGUCACAUUCAGUUGCAAUGAGGGACACACGCUGGUCGGCGAGCCGAGCAUCAUUUGCACCGAAACUGGACUCUGGUCACAUCCGCCACCAUUUUGCAAAUCGCAAUGCCCCUAUCCCGGCGAUCCGCCAAAUGGUUUAAUAGCGCCGCUCAAAUUCAAUUACGAUUCCGGCGAUUAUCUGAGCGUCCAGUGUCGGCCCGGUUUUGUGCAGUACAGCGAGAAUGGUCCGCCAGAGCGUCCAAAAUGUCAACCGGAUGGAAAUUGGUCCGGACCGGUUCCCAAGUGCCGCAGCUAUGAGGAAGUGUAGCUAAUCAAAAUGGCGGACAUGAUGAUGCCGGAAUCAUCUGACGAGUCCACACAAAUCCAUCACCCACACGAAAACAGCAUGCUUCGUUACUAGCAACACAAGCAAGAGCUUCAUGUAGAGGUACAAGGCAGAGACAUAACACCAACAAAUGAAUACAAUACAUAUGUAUGUAUGUAUGGCCAUAAUAACAGCGCACCAGGAAUAAAUAGGCGGACAAAUUUAUGGCGACCCAAACAGCAGCACAUACACGCACACACAUCGUAUUAUGUAUGGAAUAGUGUAACUUAGGGUAAAUGGUUGGGACAUAUACGAUGCACACACAUACACAGACACAUACAUGCAUGGUACAUUAGCAGCUAUGCAAAUAUCCACAAAUAAGUAUUUGAAAAUCUCGAAACUACUCUGCAGGAAAUAUAGUACCAACUGUUAGUUUCUUUAAUGCUUACUGUUUUAUAUGUUCAUGGUAUGUAAGACUAUACAAGUUUUUACGAGCAUCUUCAAGCCAUUCGUCCAGACAUCUGGUCUUAGUAAACUUACUAAUUCCAUUAACAUAACCGGUUUCCACGAAAACAAAAAAACAACAAAUAAAUAUAGAUUAACUAAAUAGGAUUUGAAUUUUGAUUUUUUGUUUUGUAUCCGAAAAAAGCCGAACCAAAAUUUUUAAAUUACUUAACAACAUCAUAAUACAACUUAAUCCAAAUCUGAAUUUCGUCUCUUUGCAAUAGCUGCUUUUCAAAACGUUGCAACUGGGUUCAUAUUUCGUAAAUUGUUUGAUCACACUGCUUGCAAUACCCACUGAUCCAUUGAUGAAAGCAGUUAACCAAAAUAUAUGUUUAACAUAUACCAAACAGAUAAUUACAUAAUGUAAACAACUAUAAUACAAAAACUGAUUUAUUCCAUUGUUUUAUUGGUCAUAAGUGCUCAUUAACCUAAUUCAUGUUCCUAGUAGGAAUAGAGAAAAUACGAUUUUAUAAGAUCGCAUCAUCUAUCUGACAUAUUUAAAACUUGAAUUUCAUGUGCGAUUUUGAGAUUCAAUUUUGAACUCAAUCGGUUGUUAAAUAUUGAAGCCCAGCGCCACUUUUCGGUCAUAAUUUAGGUCUGUAUAGUCUACUUUAUGUGAUUCAAAUAUGCAUUCAGAUCGAUUCUAAACACCAGGCUUCAGCCCACUUGACGAAUCGGAAAUACAACCUAAGCUACCCAAGUUUGAUUCACGUCCGUAUUUGAAGUAAUACUUUCUGUUGUUUAUAAUGUGUACAUAUGUAUAAUGACUAACACGUGUGGAGGAUGUCAUUUAAAUUUAGUUUUCAAACACCAAUAUUCGAUGCACUAGGCUUCCUAAACGAAUUAAAAAAUCGUUUUGCAAAUAUCUUACUUAAUAAUAGAAUGGAAUUCAUCGACAACACAAUUUUCUAAUUAAAACGUUUUUUUUUUUAUAAUUAUUAUUACCGGAUAUUAAAAAUUUUAGAUUAUUUUUUUAAAUUUCCUGCAGGGUACAAAUUUUUUCCGAAAUACAGCAAAAAUACUCAUACAAUUAUUGAUCUGUAAAAGUUUAUAUUACAAUUGGUCUGUUCUACAACAAUUAUGCAUACAGUUAUGAAUUGUAAGAUUAUUUGUUGUGUACUGACCAUUCAAAACAACAAAACAAAAAAUUUAUAAUACUUCAGUGAGCGGGUUUAUGCCAUUUAAAGAAAAAAUCAAAUCUUAAAAUGUAUCUGUGUAUUUGUAAAAAACUGAGCGUUUUGGGCAGAGAAAAUGUUAAUUCUUACAAAGAAACAAUUUACUGCUCCAGUGUAUUAAAGAGGAUAAUAUUUAUUAGGAUAAGCGUUGUUAAAUUUAAAUUAAAAGAUACUAAAAACUUAUAUUGAAAACGGAUAAUUGCUGAUAUAUUUACAACAUUUUAAAUCGUAUAAUAACAGAAAAAGAAAAAUAUAUAUGUACAAGUGUAUUGAUUUGGAAUAUAUCUAAUGUCACAUUUGUGAUGUGCGGACAGCUUUUCAUUAACAGGCCACAAGGCGGGUAUUGCAUAUAGUAUUAUGUCCCUUAUAUUGUAUAAUAAGAUUAAAUUGCAAACCAAAUUUCCAACUAAUGAAAUGCCUAUCAAACGAAGAGAAAGCGGAAACUUUAAAGCUCUAAUAAAUUUGUUCGAUUAAAGGAAUAUUUUUCAAUUUAUGAAAUCAUAGUUAUGUAUGCAUGCCUCAAUGAUGAUGCACCCAACUGUAUGGUAAACUCUCUAUUUACUCAAACUUGAAAUGAAUUAAAACCCAAAUGAAAUUGCAAACUUUCACUUCGAAAUUAAUUAAUUUGCUGUUUCUUGAAUAAUAUAAGCAAUAAUGCUUUACUAAAUAAGAGCAUUAUUGCUAUAAGCCUCCUAAAUGCAUACAAAUAAAAACACCAUUCGUAUAUACAAAUAUACUUAUAAUAUAUAUGCCCAUAAAUAAGUAACAAAACUUCCACAUGUUGCUUAUGAGUGCUGUAAGUAGACCACAUACUCGUAUUUCAGCUAAUUGAACUUAAAACUGCACAACUUAGUAAGUUUUCUUUUCUCUCAAAUAUUAAAAUAUUCUAUAAAUAAAUACCUACUUAUGUACACAUAUACGUAUACAUAUAUAUAACAGUUAAAUUGUCCAAAUAAAACCAAAACCAAUUGUAUUGUAUAAUAUAUUUAAGCUUAUUUAUGUAUGUAAGUGAGUAUUAGUGAAAUUUAAGCGAAAACGGCGAAGAAUCGUAAAAGUUUGUGAUCAUUUAAAGGCAAAAUAUUUAAAAAAGUAAUAACAAUGUAUUGUAAUAGAAAGACAAAAUGAAUUAUAGCGAAACGAAUAUAUAUUGAAAAUAAAGUGCAUAUCUGAGGAAAGUGAAAGGAGAA